CAGUGACAAAACAUAAAGUGCGCCAGUUUUCAGUGAACUUUUAAACUUAAUGACUUAAAAAGCUUUUUGCCAUUUUAAUAUAACUUCUUUAAUUUUUCGAGAGGCUAGUGGUCAUUUACGUAAAGUUGAAAGUGAAAGAGAGCAAAUGGAGAAAGAUAAGUACCCAAUGAACUCGAAAUAAAAAAAAUAAAGCGUGAAAUAAUGGUCCAGUGCCAAGUGCAUGCUGCCGUUUUGUUUCGCUCAGGUACGUUUGCCAGCUUCCUCAUGGCUCAGAGGGAGGGAGAGUGAGUUCAGUCAAGUUCUGCUCCCGCUGUUGAUUCGUGCAACAUAAGAGAGAAGUCAGGGAGAUAGAUAGACAACGGGUGAGAAAGAGACCACGUCAGGAGAGAAGGAAAAGGAAGAAGAGGAAAGGUCGCUAGCUUCCUGCAAGAGAGAAAGAGUGAGAGUUCAGUCAACUAAUGCUCUUUCGCUGCUGAAUUGUGCAAUUUAAGAGAGAAAGAGUGAGUGGGAGAGAAGGAUAAAGAGAGAGAGACCCCGUCAGGAAAGAAAGAAAGAAGAAAGAGAGAGAGAGAGAGAGUGAGUUUAGUUUACUUCUGCUGCUGAUUCGUGGUGCUACACGUAGAGAGAGAGAGAGAGGAAAUAAAUAAAGAUGAGGAUUUCCGUGACCACCGAGAACUCCACCUACCCCAUAGAAGUGGCCGAAGACCUGGAGCUCGAGAACUUCAAGGCUCUGUGUGAGAUGGAGGUUGGUAUUCCUGUGGGCGAAAUGAUUGUUGUUUUCAAUGCCCGGCCGCUUACUGACAAUAAGAAGUCCUUAAGAGAUUAUGGGGUAAAGGAUGGCGAACUGGUGUUGGUCAUCCGAGGAGAUGUACUGUUACAGAGGGCUGCAGAGCAUCUCCAGCAGCAGCAACAAAGAAGACAACAAAACCAAGAAACACCUAUGGAAAUUAACCAGAUUGACUUCAGUUCCAUACGCUUGCCUUCUGGUACAGCCCAACCUGUGUCCGACAACUCAUCAGCUGUAGGUCAUGGCACCAAUAGCCAAGGUCAGGAUGGUGAGGAGCAAGACGUGGGUGGUAGUGACUUUCAAGAUGGGGAUUUGGGCCUGGGCAGUGCAGGCAGUGGACAAGACGAUCCUGCUGUUAUCCGAGACAUGCUUCUUGCCAACCCAGAACAGCUAGCUCUCUUGAGGCACAACAACCCUAGACUGGCAGAAGCUCUGACUAGUGGUGAUUUAGAAAAGUUUGCUUCUGUUUUAAAGGAACAGCAGGAAAUCAGGAGGGAUCGAGAACGCCAGAGGAUUCGGUUGCUCACAGCUGAUCCCUUCGACAUGGAAGCUCAGCGUCUCAUUGCAAACGAGAUCCAGCAAGAGAACAUCAAUGCCAAUAUGGAGGCAGCAAUGGAGUACAACCCUGAAAUAUUUGGGAGUGUUCAUAUGCUGUAUAUAAACUGCAAAGUGAAUGGUCAUAAUGUCAAGGCCUUCAUUGAUUCAGGUGCUCAGACCACUAUUAUGUCUCAGGCAUGUGCAGAGCGAUGCAAUAUAAUGAGACUUGUUGAUACUAGAUGGGCUGGAAUUGCAAAAGGCGUUGGCACUCAAAAAAUCAUUGGCCGUGUCCACAUGGGUCAGAUUCAAAUUGCUGAUAAUUAUUUGGCAUCAUCUUUCAGUAUAUUAGAAGAGCAACCCAUGGAUAUGCUGCUUGGUCUAGACAUGCUCAAACGUCACCAGAUGUGUAUUGACCUGAAGAACAACAAGCUGUUGAUUGGAACAACAGGUACGGAAACCCCAUUCCUUAGCGAAAGUGAAUUACCAGAUUGCGCCAGACUGACACCACUGAACGAGGAAGAAGCCAGGCGGGAAUCAGAGAGAGCGGCUAAGGAGUCUGAAGAUCGUGCGUUAAAUGAAGCUUUGGCAGCUAGUGCCAGGGAAAGUGCCGCUGCUAAUAAUUCACGGAGUACCAGUUCAGGUGAAGGUACAUCUAAACAGUCUUCUAGUCCAGCUGCAGCUGCUUUACCAGCAGACAGCGUAACGGCACAGGAUAAUUUUACAGAAUCAGAUAUACAGGAAAUAAUCCAGAUUGGAUUCACUAGAGUUCAAGCAAUAGAGGAACUUAGGAGACAAAAUGGGAACAAAACUCAAGCAAUGGCUGCACUUCUUGCAAAGUCACUGAAAAUGUAGUAUAGUAGUGUGUUAGUUUUUAUAUAUUAAAACUCAUUUUUAUAAACAUCAUUAGUUAUAGAUAUUUCAUCGGAAGGGAAUUAUUCAUUAUCCACAUAGCGUUAUAUUAAACUUUUAAAUGUCUGGCUCCAGAAGUGGCUUUGUUUAUACUAUGCUGAUGGUUAUUUAUUCACAGAUGGGAUUUGAUUUCAUUAUCAAAAUUGACUUGGAAAGUGACUUCAAAUUAAAUAUAUUACUUGACUAUUAAAAUAGUUCUAUCCUUUAUUAUCAGGAAUGGCCUAGGAAAACUGUUUUAUCUUUCAAUGAAAGCUUUCCUCUCAGUAGUGGUUUUGUAAGAAAUUGUGUGUAUUUACAUGCAUGUGUUAUAAUAUUGGGUAGUCUACUUGCUCUUGUCUAAAUACCAUUUUUCUAUGAGUAAACCAUGCCACCAGUACUAGAGUUGUGUUUUUAAAUAUUAAGGUUUAUAUUUGUUUCCAUAUGAAUAAAGUACCAUUAUUUGAAUCACUGAUAUAAAAUAGAUAAUUCCAUAAAAAAUUGUAUUAGUGAUAAAUGUAAUAGUGAUAAAUUCCAUCACCACCACUGUUGUUCUGAAACUUAUAAAUAUAGCUGUUAUAGAUUAUCUCAUAAAAAUACAGAUUACCUUAUCUUCGUUAGCACUCGCAAGGCCAGGUGCCUGGUUAAACUACUUAAUAAGGAUAAUAUAAGACUUGCAUCAUUCAUAAGUGCAGAUACAAUUGUAAUUGCAGCUGUAAAUUAAAAAUUUUUCAUAGGAUUUUCUCCUCUACUUUUGUUUUUGAAACUUUUACAUUCCUUGCGUGUAUCCUGGUCCUUAUCUUUUUGCUCUGGUUUUUUUCUCACUAAUUUUAUAACUGUGUGGCUGUGUAAGGUAUGUAACAUCCUAAUUUUAUUCAAAAUAUUGCUGCUGAACACAAAACUUAAUUUGAGCAUUUCAGACUAGCAUAUGCUGAUGCAACUUUGCAGGUGUGAAUGUGCUGUUUCUCUUUCUGGCUAAUUUAAUGUCUGUGGCUUCAAGUCUUAAGCUGAAACAUGUAUCCUUAGAGCAGCUUCGUUACUUCUGAAAGGCUAAAACGAGAAAUCUCUGAAGCAAGUCUGGUGUUAAAUUAUCCUUGUUUUCUUGUCUUUCUUUUUGUAAUUAUUCUUUUUAUCAUUUGCAAAAGGUUGAUCUGAUUCAACAAAUCCUCACAUUAAUAGACAAGGAAAUUACACUCAAACAGCACAGUACAUAUUGUGUUAUUAGAACUCCCAUGUAGUGUCAUCAUUUCCACCAACAACAAAUUGCAAGUCUUUGCUCAAAAUCUCAAGACUUUUGUCAGUCUUGUAUAUUUCCAGGGCUUUUGACGCAGUCAAAUAUUAAUUCAGCAGGUUAACUCUACUGUCAGUUUUUACUAGGUGGUAUGGUUCAAACUAGCUCGUGACAAUAAUAAUGUUAAAUAUUGUGCUUAUGGUAAUGGUUAUUUAGUGAAUGACUGUUAGAAUGAUGACAAGUACUAUUUUCUUCAUAAGCAGGAAGAGAAUGGAUGGUGCAGCUGUGAUUUUGGGAGUAGGUAAUUAUAUAUGUAAGAAAAUUUAAUCUUACCUACUUUUGGAACACUAAUAUUUAAUAAGAAAAAAUGUUUAAACAUUGAAAUCUAAUAUCUCAAGUAUAAAGAACACAGAAAUUCAAGUUUUUCAACAGAUGUAAGGCACCUAUAUUUAAGCUAGAUAAGUUUUUUUGAAGAUCAAUGUGUUCAGUACUUCAAGGUAGUAAGGAGCUUGGGUUUUCUUCAAAUGAUGAAAACUUGAUUUUAGUAUCUUUUGUGUAUUAUUCACAAGUAGCAGUUCAACUGAAAUUAGAGAGGUUAUUUUUCUAAUUUAUACUAUGUAUUGUAUAAUAACUCAUUGAAAAAGUUAAUGUGCAUGCUACUUCUUUUCAGUAGUAUACAUAUCAACCUAAUUUUCAUCAUUACUUAUCUCCUUUCGGAAACUGAAUUUUAUCCUGUGUGCUGCAGUGUUCCAGGAAAUAGUGCUUCUCUGAUAGUUUUAGAGAAAAUUUAAAAUAUAACUUCAAUUUUAUUUUCUCGGUAACUCAUUACUGUAGUGUAUCUGUCAUGAUUUCUCAGGACCAGAGUUAUAUGCAGCAUUUAACAAAAUUAUAAUUGGACAGCAAGUCUGUAAGCCUUGCAACAUUGCAAUUAUUGAUAGUGGUUGUAUAAAUUUGAAAUAUCUAGCAGUUAUUAUAGUUCUUCUUUUAAUCAGAAUCGUAGUGGUUCAAAUAUUUUUUCAUUUCACUGAUUAUCCACCAGGGGUUUUGAGACUAUUGGUGAAGAUUCCUAUGUGAUAAAAACACCUUACAUACUGAUGUUUGGAGUCAUGACAUUAACAGGACAAGCCACUGUUUAUGUCUUAAUUUUGCUAUAUUUUAUAUGUAUUUUUAUUUAUAUUUUAACAAUACUUUUAAUACCAGAACAGUUUGGUCUGUAUUAGUUAUAUUUUUACAAAUACAUUGCCAUAUGUUGCGAGUUUCCAGGGUAUUGUUUAAAAGAUUGUCUUUAGUGUGCAAUUUGUUAAUUUUAAAUACAUGAAAUACAGUAUGAGAUUACUGGCCAAUAAUUUGAUGGAUAAGAGCCAUAAACUGGUAUGAUAAGAGCCAUAAACUGGUAUGGGGUUAAUUAAUAUAUCCACCUGUCAUAAAUGAAAGAUAACUUGAGACUUACUGUUCUUAUGAUAGGGUCACAAAUGGAGUGCUGUUGAAAGUGUACUGUGCCAGUACUAUACAAAGAAAUAUAUAUAUAUUUUGUUGACAACUGGACUGUGUAAUGUUUAAUGCUAACAGUACUGUAUCUCACCAAGUAGCACAUGGUAUUUUAAUGUUCCGUAAUAAAUUGCUAGUGACCACAGGUUGAAAAUAUUGUGAAGGAUAUCUUCAUACAAAGCGAUAUAUAUUUAAUGUCUAGUCUCGUAAAUUGCAAAUUUUCUGAUGUUUUGGGAGCAGAAAAUUUUACAGGUUGGCUCAAGGUGUCAAGUUCUGUAUAUUUGUGAAUGGCCCUUUCAGUCAUUUCUACCCUGUAUCCUUUGUUUUUAUCCUUUCACCCUCAUCCAAGUUUCACCAUUUUAAUCAAACGAAGGCCAGCCCCGUAAGAGUUAGGAGAUUUCACCCUGUGUAUUGUUUGAAUUACUCAUUCACCACCAUCAUCAAGUGAAACUUCAUGUGAAAAUGAAAAAUCUCUUGACAAAUUUGCUUCAUUAAUGGGGUCUGUAUGUAGGUGCUAAGUGGAACAUCAGAAAUCAAAGUACUUUGUAAUUUCUGGUAAGGGAUGGUUAGUUGACAAGUACAAUUAGGAUUCAUGAUUGCAAUGUUGAUUUUGUCUAGUUGGAAUAGUAUUGGAGUCAUCUAUGUACAUGUCAAGUUUCACCCAUGUUUCUACUUUAUAAAAGGAAUGGCAUAAUGAACCCAAAGAAUAUUUUUUAUACCUUGUCAUUGUGAUUUUGAAGUUUCAUUUCAUGUAUGGUAAACGAGGGAAGUGUCAGUCCUCAGAUUAUAUGGUUUAUAGAUUGCCUUUCAUGGAAUGUGUUGCAAAAUACUGGAACUUGUGUGUCGUCUUGCAUUUAGCCUCUAUUGUCAUUGCUGCAUGUCUUGUUUUCCAGACAUGGAUAGCUCUUUAAUGUAGUUGAUAGAAAACAAAAAGGAUCCUAGGUAAAUUCACAUCUUUUUUGAAUACAUAUUUCAAAAUUUGCAUUUUUGUACUGAGGUGGCCAUUUGCACCUGUGUAAAAAUCUAAAAGGCAAAGGCAGAAAUAAAACUUUUGUACA